CUUCUUAGCAAUCUCUGUGUAUCUUCUUAGCAAUGUCUUGUGAUGCGGGUUUCGCUUGGGUUCCAUCAUAAAUCGUAUGAUCUGCGAGAAGGUGUUGAUGCUGUGUCCGAUCAUCAUAUUCAGAAAGCGGAGAUGGUCUAAUUCCAGCUAAAAUUGAUCGAGGGACUUCAGCAUCUGCCUUUUGGGUUUGAGAAGAUAACAGGCUUAACCAGAUGAAGGGUGGUGGCGAGGGGCGGGUAAAAUGGGAUGAAGCUAAUCUCGGAGAGAUAGAAGCAAACAAACCCGUGAGGCAGAAGAUAACUGAGCCCAAGACGCCCUAUCAUCCCAUGAUCGAUGAUGAUGGUUCACCGUCACCCGUCAGAGGUGGUGUCGAUGAUGGUGCGGGCGAUGCAAUGCAUGCAGAAGCUAUACGUUCUGCUCUAACUGAUGUAGCAUCUUCAAGUAGGAAGCCUGGUGGGCCAUCGGGUGGCUGGACAUCUUCAGAUGACGAGGCAGAUGCGAUGGAACAAGACGAUGAAGACUCUGAAACAGACAGGAGCCGCAUGAGUUUCCGGGAGCACAGGCGGGCGCACUACGACGAGUUUCGGAAAGUGAAAGAGCUGAGGCGGAAGGGCUCAUUCCUCGAGGAUGAAGACGAGGAAGAGAAUGGUGGAACUAAUGGUCCUUCUUCCUCGUCGUCUCUAAAUGCUGGCAUGAAGGACAUCGAUAUCGAGGACGGAGAUUCAAUGCCACCUCACAAUUCUUCCGACAACAGUCCCGCCAACGGAGUCUAGAAGCCGGAAAGGUUCGACCAGCUGAGACUCCCCCUCCUGACUGUCCCUUCAAUUGCCAUCUUCUUCUUCCUCUAGUAGUUGACAAUAAUAUACCAUGCAAAAAUUAGAUAUUUCUCGUAGUGUAUAUCUGAUUAAGUUACUGAGCUUAUUUGGACUGUCCGACCCAUUAACACUUGGGCUUGUUUAGCCCAAUGUUCCAUUUAUUUAUUAAUUACAUACCGAUAAGACA